AUGUUUCGAGCUGCCGCUGCUGGUCCCUUUGACGAGGGCGUCGCCAAGGCGACCGAUGAGAACCUGACCUCGGAGGACUGGGGAGCCAUUAUCGAAGUUUGCGACCGCGUGGGCAGCGAUCAGAAUGGCCCCAAGGAGGUCGUACAAGCCAUGAUCAAGCGCCUGGCGCACCGCAACGCCAAUGUCCAGCUGUAUACCCUCGAGCUGACCUCAUCGCUCGCCGCCCAGCUCGCAAACGCUCUCAGCCAAAACUGCGGCAAGAACAUGCACCGUGAGCUCUCCAGCAGAGCUUUUACCGACGCCCUCCUCAAACUCGCCAACGAUCGCAACACUCAUAACCAAGUCAAGGCCAAGAUCCUCGAGCGCAUGAAGGAAUGGUCCGACAUGUUUAGCAAGGAUGCAGACCUCGGCAUCAUGUACGACGCUUACUUCAGACUCAAGCAAACCAACCCCGCCAUACAGGCUCCCUCGGCUCCCCAGAAGACUGGCUUGACCGAUUUGGAUCGCCAGAAGGAAGAGGAUGAGCUGCAGAUGGCCUUGACUUUGUCUUUGCAGGACGAGGAGCGGAAGAAAAAGGCAGCGGAGCCGGCCGCCGCCUCAUCAUCGUCUGCCGCCGCCGCCGCCGCCCCCGGAUCCUCUGCCCAAGCAGCCCAGCCCCAGACCCAAUCCACACCCGUGCCAGCCGGCACUACAGCCGCUACCGUCUCGAGAGUGCGCGCCCUAUACGACUUCGUCCCGUCCGAACCGGGUGAGUUGGAGUUCAAGAAGGGCGACGUUAUCGCGGUGCUGGAGUCUGUUUACAAGGAUUGGUGGCGUGGAUCGCUCAAGGGCAAGACCGGUAUCUUCCCCCUCAACUACGUUGAGAAGCUUACGGACCCGACCCCCGACGAGCUUGCGCGUGAGGCCCAGAUGGAGGCCGAGGUUUUCGCUGAAAUCAAGAACGUCGAGAAGCUGCUUACUCUCUUGAGCACGUCCAACACGGCGCCGAGAGAAGAGGAUAAUGAGGAGAUUUCUAAGCUUUACCACCAGACGUUGGCGAUCCGGCCGAAGCUGAUCAAGCUUAUCGAGAAGUAUUCGCAGAAAAAGGAUGACUUUACUCAGUUGAACGAGAAAUUCAUCAAGGCCCGCCGGGACUACGAGGCGUUGCUCGAGUCUUCCAUGUCACACCCUCCCCAACCCAGCUACCACCAAUACGCCAUGAGACCGGGCGCUGGCGGGUACCCGGGCGGACCAGUAGCGGGAGGAUACCCUCCCCAGGGUCCUCCCCAAGGUCCUCCCCAAGGACCUCCCCAGCAGCAGGAUCAGAGAUACUAUACUCCUGCACCACAAGAACAACCACAAUACCCCCAGUCCACGCCCUCGCCGAACUUCCAGCGUCCGGCACAAGCCACACCAGCUCCGUUCUACGUAGCUGGUGCUGAGGUGCCGUCAGCAGGUGGUCUGCCUCCCGCGCAAAACCAGCAGUAUCCCCAGCGUGAACACCGUCCCCGUGUCCCUUCUACAGGAAAGGCCCCGGCACCGAUCAACACUUCGCCUCCUCCUCCAGCCAACGCUUACACUGCUUACUCGCAGCCUCCUAACCAGCGACCCCAGAGCACGUACGGCGCUCAGGAGCUGGCUACCUCUGUAUACGAUUCGCCCAUCGCGACCCAUAACCCGAGCUCAGCAGCGACGUACACCUCGUCUGUCUAUUCUCAGGAUGAUCCGUACAAUAACAACACUUCGAGCCCAGUCGUAGGAAACUCCACCGUGACCGCGCCGCCUCCGUCGUCGUUCCAGCCGUCCGCACCGUCUGCGCCCUCCGCGCCCUCCACAAAACCGCCCCAGCCGUCCCAGCCGUCAGCGCCGCAGCAGCCUCAGUACCAAAGCUACCAACCGCCAGGAGCUCACGGGCAGGAGAACUACAAUAACGCGCCGACGCAGGCGCCUCCACCCGUGCCGACCGGGGCAGCCCCGCCGGUUCCGGGCCCUGGCAGAUCCGAAGUACUGUCUCCGCCGCCUCUGCAGCCCGGCGGUCCGGCCUACGACGCCAGACAAGGACUGCCGAGCCAGGGGACGCAGCCCCAGUACAGAGCAUACGCCCCCCCGGGUGCUGCCGCUGAUGGUCCCAGUGCUCCUCCCGCGGCCGACUAUUACCGUCAGAGCGGUGUUUACUAG